CGUUGUCGAGUACAUCCAUAAUUUAAGUCAAUACAAUUUUUUUUUUCAUUUUAUAGGCUUAAAGGAUAUAGCCUACUGAUAAAUUGUUGUUUCUUAUUCGAUCUUCGGUGAGAUUAAGACAAUGCCUGAUGCAAUGAUAAUACGCUGGGUGCUGUUUUUGACUCUUCUGGUUCAAAUAGCGCGAGGACAAGUCAGUUACUCGAUUCCUGAAGAAAUGGAAAAAGGAUCGAUGGUGGGAAACAUUGCGCAGGAUUUGGGCUUGGAUUUGCAACGAUUAAAGUCAGGAAAAGCGAGAAUUUAUUCAAGAGACAGUACGGAAUACAUCGAACUGAACAGAAACACUGGAUCCCUGCUUAUAAGAGAGAAAAUGGACCGCGAGUCUCUUUGUGCAAAAACGACUCCAUGUGCAGUGCAUCUUCAAAUGAUUUUGGACAACCCGAUGGAAUUCUACACGAUUACAAUAGAAAUCACGGAUAUCAAUGAUAACGCUCCAAGUUUCCAGAGAAAUGAAUUUAGGUUUGAGAUCAGCGAAUCGGCGGCUGCGGGUGCUGGUUUUAUGCUCGGCAGAGCUUUCGAUCCAGAUGUAGGAACAAAUGCUCUACAGAGCUACUCGCUGAAACCGACUGAUAAAUUUCGGCUUGAACUGCACAAUCAGGCAGAUGGUAGUAAAAAUGUCGAGAUGAUUUUACAAAACCCACUUGACAGAGAAACGCAAAGCUCAUUUACUUUGUUGUUAGAAGCGUUUGAUGGAGGCAAUCCUGUGCUCUCUGGAACCGUUCAGAUACACAUCACUGUGUUAGAUAUUAAUGAUAAUGCUCCUGUUUUUAUGCAAAAGGUAUAUAAAACCACAAUAUCAGAAAACGCACCGAAAGGUACUAUAUUAACAGUGGUGAGCGCGUCUGAUGCAGACGAAGGAUCCAACAGUGUAGUGACGUACUACAUAUCUGACACAGUGGAGAAAAAUGUGGCUGAAAUAUUCUUAAUCAAUGAAAAAAGUGGUGAACUAAUUUUAAAUGGUCAGAUUGACUAUGAAAAGGUGAGUCAUUAUGAAAUUAAUACCCAGGCAAAAGAUCAAGGAGGACUAUCUAAUGCAUGCAAAGUCAUUGUCGAUGUUCUGGACAUUAAUGACAAUUCGCCUAGUAUUAAUAUUGUGUCUAGUUCCCAUUCAAUAUCUGAGGGAUCAAAGUCUGGUACUGUUGUUUCAGUCCUAAAUGUUGAUGAUCUUGAUUCAGGUGUAAAUGGCCAGGUUCAGUGCGUCUUAAAUGAAGACAUUCCCUUUUCUAUUACUUCUCCAUCUAGCAAUUUCUUCAGCUUGCAAACAGAGCAAGAACUGGACAGAGAGAGAGAAGCUGAUUACAAUAUCAUUGUAAUAUGUACUGAUGAGGGAGUGCCAGCGCUCUCCAGCAGUGUCUCUCUCCGUGUGCAAAUAUCAGAUGUGAAUGACAAUGCUCCUAUUUUUGAGAAAAGUAACUAUGAGGCGUGCGUGCUGGAGAAUAACACACCUGGUCUCUCUACAUUUAGAGUUAAAGCCAGUGAUGCUGAUUGGAAGCAGAAUGCCCGUGUUUCUUAUAUUCUAGAAGACAGCACUGUUAAUGGAGUCUCUGUCUCAUCGUAUGUGUCAGUUCAUCCUGACAGCGGACUGAUUACAGCUGUGCGCUCUUUCGACUAUGAACAACUCAAAGAUUUCCACUUCUGGGUAAAAGCAGAAGAUGGAGGCUCUCCUCCACUCAGCAGUAACGUGACAGUGAAAAUAAUUAUUCAAGAUCAGAAUGACAACGCUCCUCAGGUUCUGUAUCCAGUACAGACCGGUGCUUCUGUGGUGGCUGAGAUUGUGCCUCGUGCUGCAGAUGUUGGAUAUCUGGUCACUAAAGUGGUGGCUGUUGAUGUGGACUCUGGACAGAAUGCCUGGCUCUCCUAUAAACUACAGAAAGCUACAGACAGAUUGCUGUUUGAAGUGGAUUUACAGAAUGGAGAAAUAAGAACUGUGCGACAAGUGACUGAUAAAGAUGCUGUCAAACAAAAACUGACUGUUGUUGUGGAGGAUAACGGACAGCCCUCUCGCUCAGCUGUGGUCUCCAUUAACAUGGCUGUAGCUGACAGCUUUCCUGAAGUGCUGUCAGAGUUCACAGAUUAUACGCAUGAAAAACAGUAUGACGACACUUUGACUUUUUAUUUAAUCUUGGCUCUCGCAGUGGUCUCCCUGCUCUUUAUGGUCUCAGUUAUAUCAAUCAUUUCAGUGAAAAUCUACAGAUGGAGGCAGAACAAGCUAUUUUAUAAAUCUGGGGCAAAUCUACCUGUAAUUCCAUAUUAUCCUCCAGUCUACACAGACGGCACAUUACAGCAUGUGUAUAAUUAUGAAAUGUGUGGAACCACUGAUUCAAGGAUGAGUGACAUGAAGUUUGUCAGGCCCUACAGUCAGAACACACUGGUGAGCCAGAGUCGUAUGGGAACAGUUCAGAGAGAAAAGAAGGAGCAGGAGGUUGAUAAUCUGACUUUAGAGGUGAUACCUUAACUGAUGUUUUAAUAUCAUCUCAUCAGGCUUCAUUUAAUAAGAGCCAAGGAAGUAUUGUAAUACUUUUUGCUUUAAUGUUUAUAACUCAAACUUUUAUGUAAUUUCCCCAGCUUUUUUGACUACUGCUUAAAACCGUUUUGAAAUCUUUGUCUUCUCCCUAAAAAACUGGCCAUAAUUGGAAAAACAAAAUUGAACAAAUGCAUACUACAGAAUAAAAAUAAAUAACAGACACAGUGCGUUGCUCACUCUCACAGUUGUUUA